AUGACUCCGAGUCCUUUGCCGGCCAAUGGUCCUAAUGCCAAUACUGCGGAUCACGAUCCUCCAGAACCUGUCGCCAUUUGUGGAUUGGCAUGCCGUCUUCCAGCAGGCAUAAGCCAUCCUCGACAUCUAUGGGAGUUCUUGCUUGCUGGUGGAGACGCACGCAGCGAAGUACCAGCGUCCAGGUACAAUGUCGAAGCGUUCUACGAUCCAAGCGGAAAGCCAGGCACGACUAAAACUCGACACGGCUACUUUCUCGAUGAUGAACUCACGAAUGUGGACACAUCUAUGGUGUCCAUGUCCCGGAAAGAGCUCGAAAAGCUCGACUCUCAGCAACGUCUCAUGCUGAACGUAGCACGAGAAUGCUUUGAAGAUGGCGGCGAGGUCGGUUGGGAGGGCAAGAAGAUCGGUUGUUAUAUUGGCAGCUUGGGUGAAGAUUGGCUAGAGAUGCUUGUACAAGACACACAGAGCUUUGGACAUUACCGAGUCACUGGACAAGCAGACUUCUCGCUAUCGAACCGCAUCUCGUAUGAGAUGAAUCUUCACGGGCCUAGAGGCGAUUGCGAGUCGGCCAUAAUUGGCGGCACGAAUCUGAUCUUGAGACCCCACUGCACUGCUCAGAUGUCCGAACAAGGUGUUCUUUCCCCUGACGGUUCUUGCAAGACGUUCUCCAGCGAGACCAACGGAUAUGGUCGAGGUGAAGCCAUUGUUGGUGUUUUCAUCAAGCCGCUCGAGCAAGCACUUCGAGAUGGCAACAGCAUUCGCGCAGACGCCCAAGAAGAAGUUAUUCGCCAAGCGUACCAACAAGCCGGCCUGGACAUGGUCGACACCGGAUACUUCGAGUGCCACGGAACUGGCACACCUUUGGGAGAUCCCAUCGAGGCCAAGGCGGUUGCUAACUGCUUCAGCAAGGCAGGGAUCAUAAUUGGAUCCACCAAGUCAAAUUUUGGGCAUACAGAGGGAGCAUCUGGUCUUUUGUCUCUGCUAAAGGCUGUUCUCAUGCUCGAGAACAAAGCAAUCCCUCCCAGCAUCAAAUUUUCGCCGAAGAAUCCAAGGAUUCCGUGGGACUCAGGCAAGCUUGCACUUGCAGAGAGACCUCUAUCCUGGCCGAACGAUCGCGUGCAACGCAUCAGUGUGAACUCAUUCGGCUUGGGAGGCUCAAACGCCCACACCAUCAUCGACUCUGCGUCGAACUUUCGACCAAUCACUGAGAAAUCCUCGAAAAAGGACGAAACUUGUCAGUUGCUCCCAUAUUCCGCUGCAAGCCAACGGUCCCUUAACGCGCUUAUCAGCACAUAUGCAUCCUUUCUGGAAGAGUCUAGUUUCAAUAUCGCCGACAUUGCGUACACGCUCGCCCGCGGUCGCGAGCAUCUAAAGCACCGUUCGUUCGCCGUUGUUCGUGGGCAUUCUGUCAUAACUAGCCCGCCAGCAACCGCGCCUAGCCAUCGGACUCCCAAAGUCGUCUUGGUAUUUACCGGUCAAGGUGCUCAAUGGCCUGGGAUGGCUGUCGAGCUAUUGAUGUCUAAUCCAACCUUUCAAUCCGCCAUCCGCUCCUUAGACGAGUAUCUCAACGCUAGCCUUGGAGACGAUGCCCCAGAAUGGACCAUCGACGAAGAGCUUCGGAGGCCUUCUGAGACGAGUCGUCUCGGUCUCGCAGAGUUUUCCCAGCCGCUGUGCACCGCCGUGCAGAUUGCACUUAUCGAUACUCUGCGCUCAGUUGGAAUCAAGGCGGAUGCCAUAGUCGGCCAUUCAAGCGGCGAGAUUGUUGGCGCUUAUGCCGCUGGUGCCUUGACUGCGGGAGAGGCUUUAGUAGCUGCGCUGUAUCGUGGCGUUGCGGCCAAGAAGCAGACGAGACCAGGUGCAAUGGCAGCCAUUGGCAUGGGCGUCGCCGACGCUGAGAAGUUUCUGUUGCCAGGUGCUUGUAUCGCCUGCGAUAAUUCUCCACGAAGCGUCACUGUUUCAGGCGAUGCCACAAGCGUCGAGGAGGUCCUCUCAAGCAUUCACAAGGCCAAUCCUGACACGUUCGCGAGGAAACUUGCAGUUGAUAAAGCGUACCACUCACACCACAUGGCCGAAAUCGGCGAUGCAUACAAUGCGUUGAUCCAGGAAAGAAUAGUGGCCAAGCCUUUGGAAAAGCCGUUCUUCUCGAGCGUCGAGGGCAAGCUUCUUGAUGCAUCCGCCAAGCUUGACUCCCAAUACUGGCAAAAGAACGCAGAAUCUCCUGUACUGUUCAAUGGAGCUGUAACGAGUCUCCUCCGCUACUUCUCGGAUGAUGAAAUCAUCCUUUUGGAAAUCGGAGCUCACUCUGCCCUGGCUGGCCCCUUGAAGCAGAUCAUGACAGACACCUCAAACAAGGCAACUUACAUACCUACCUUGAUACGGAAUCAAGAUGCUUUUGAAAGUUUGCUGUGCUCUAUUGGAAAGCUCUACGCCUCGCAUGUCUCAACCGACAUUGCGGCACUGUUCCCAACAGGCAUUUGCUUGUCAAAUUUACCUCGAUAUCCUCACCUCCCUUCGGACAACAGCUACUGGUUCGAAUCUCGUCUCAGCAGAGAAUACCGGCAUAGGAAGUUUCCACAUCAUGAUCUGCUUGGUACCAGAAUUCUGGAAAGUACAGACAUUGAGCCCGCAUGGCGGAAUCUGUUCAGCUGGUUCGAGUUCAGUAUUGUAGCAAACAGCGGCAGCCAAUGGACUAAGCACUGUAGUGGGCAAGUCAAGGCUGAGGGCGGACCCCUGGCAAAUGGAAUAAGCCCUGAAUCAUUCCCUCGUGUCGUCAAACGGGAAAGAUGGUUCGACGCUGUGAGAUGCCAAGGUCUGGACCUGGGCCAUGACUUCCUGCAUAUGGACGACAUUACCGCAUCUACGACUACGCACGAAGCACGUUGUAUCCUCUCUAGCAGGAGCUAUCCCCUCGAUACCUUGUCACGAUAUCACAUCCACCCGGCGGUGAUCGACGGUAUCCUUCAAUUGUCCUCUGUGGCUGCUGCAAAUGGCCUCAUACGGAGACAUCGAAACUUCCUUCCUGUGUCUUGUGAUCAACUCUUGGUUACCAGGACGGUGAAAGACUUCAUUGCCAGUGUGGGAGUUAGUCGUAUGGGGAGAGAGUCUACAUCUUCAAGAUUCUCCAAUGGCAAGGGCAUCUUGAACGGAAAGGUAGUCCUCGAAUUCGACGGUUUGGAAAUGCGCGCCGCCCAGGUCACUGGGGAGAACGAAGACAAGUCAGAUCCACAUGCUGCAUCGCGCCUGGUUUGGGCCGCUGACAUCGACUUUGUGGAUGUGAGGUCACUGUUCUCGCCGCUACCUCAUAUUGAGACAUACGCAAAAGAACUUGACGAUCUUGGGAGACUGUCGAUCCAGAAAAUCCGCAAAAGCCUCUCUCAUCUCACCCCGAAAACACUCCACCACCAGCAAUAUGCUGACUGGAUCAGAUCUCAACCCUCAUCAUCGGAAAGCUCAGAACAUGACGACGAGAAGAUUCAGCGGCUCACUGCAAGCCUCGUCAACAGCGAAGUUGGCCCUGUGGUCCAGGUACUCCAAGCUUUUAUGGCCAACAUCGACACCAUAGUCAAUGGCACACCAUGGGAGUCUUUCCUGCCCUCCAACAUCGUAGCAAGCUUGUGCAAUACUCUGUCUGGUGUCGACAGCUCAGCUUUCUUCAAGACGCUGGGUCACUCUAAACCAAACCUCCGGACCUUGGAAAUCGGCGGUUGGUCGAGGUCGCCAUCAAAUGUCAUCGUUGAUGCUUUGCAAUCAAACGGCCGACGUUUUUGGUCACAGUACACCUUCGCUUCCACGGCUUUGCUCCCGGCUGAGAAAAGGCUUGGCCAUUGCGAGGGCGUGGAGUUUGUCACUCUCGACAUCAGCAAAGAUCUCGGUGAACAAGGCCUCGAAGAACGCCAAUACGAUAUUGUUGUCGUGCAUGGAGCCCUGCAGAGACUACCCAUCGUGGAAGGCUCUCUCCGGAACAUCAGACAGCUGCUUCGGCCUGAUGGCCGCCUCCUUCUGGUGGGCUUAGGUCCUGCGCCAGAUUGGACGAAAUUGGUUCUCGGUACUCAAACAGCAUGGAAGAACGAGGAGUUGGAUCAACGGGCCUUGGAAGGUCGUAAAAUCACUGAUUAUUGGCAACAAAAUCUCGAAAUCGCAGGCUUUGGCUCUCUCGAGGCUAUGACCCAUGACUCAAGGGUGGGCUUUGAGUCCAAUGGCAUUUUGCUAGCUCGCCCGACCAACAGCCUCACCAACGGGGUCUACAAAGCCUUUGGUCUGCUCGUGAGAGAUAAGUUGAAGAGCUGCCACCCGAUAGAAGAGCGCCUACAGCGACACGGAUACCAGGUCACCAAGCUUACUCUCAAAGACAACCCGCCGCCCAACACCGAUAUCAUCUCUACCCUUGAUCUGGACAGCCCUUUUUUCGAAAACAUUGCAGAUAACGACUACGAGGACUUCAAGACUUUUCUGGCCAACUUGCGCAAUUCUGGCAUCCUCUGGAUCACAAAACCAUGGCAUACUCGGGUAGAAGAUUCUCGCUAUGCCCAAGUCAUUGGCCUGGCUCGUGUCAUUCGGACCGAGCUUCUUAUUGACUUUGCUACUUGUGAGGCUGACGACUUCGAUGCAUCCCUUUCCCUUGUUUGCGACGUUUUCGACAAAUUUAGCAAUCGCGAUGCCAACGACACUCUCAGCCCCGACUUUGAGUUCGCUAUCGACGAAGGGAUCAUCAAGAUCAGUCGACAUCUGCCAUUCACCCUGGCAGAUAAUCUGCUCCAAAGCCACGACAGUGAGCGAAUGAAGAUCGUUUUUGAGAAUCCUGGACGUUGGAGUAGCCUCCAGUGGGAGCGCCAGGCUGAGCCUGAGCCUGCAGCGCUCGGCAAUCGUGCUGUUGAGAUCGAGAUGCAUGUUGUUGGACUCAAUUUCAAAGACGUACUGGUUGGCAUGAAUCUCAUCGAUCACGUCGGGCGCUACAACGGACUCGAAGGUGCGGGUGUUGUUCGCGGAGUAGGCUCAGACGUCAAAGCAUUCAAGCCAGGAGAUCGUGUCGUUGCAAUGGAUCAUCAAAUGCUGUCUGCCCUGGUCGUAACCCACGAAAAUAUGUGCGCCAAGAUCCCGGACUCGCUCGAGUUCUUGGACGCUGCCACAAUGUUCACCGUCUUUGCCACGGUGCAGCAGUCUCUGAUCAAGAUCGGCCGUUUACAAAGAGGAGAGUCGCUCCUGAUUCAUUCUGCUUGCGGUGGCGUUGGCCUUGCUGCAGUACAGAUUGCACAGAUGAUUGGGGCAGAGAUCUACGCUACAGUAGGCUCCAAUGCCAAGGCACAAUACCUCGUGGACACCUUCGGCAUCCCGAGAAAUCGGAUAUUUUACUCUCGUGACAACUCUUUCGUCAAAGACGUCUACCGCGAGACUGGUGGGAAAGGCAUCGAUCAGGUCCUCAACUCACUCUCUGGCGACUUGCUACACGAGACCUGGAAAUGCGUUGCACCCCAUGGGAAAGUCAUAGAGAUUGGCAAGCGUGGGCUUCUUGGCCAUGGGAAGCUUGAUAUGGAGCCUUUUGUGGCUAACCGCAGCUACUGCUGCGUUGACAUCGAUGCGUUCUAUGACCACAACUCGCUUCGAUUCAAAGAGUUGAUGACAGAAACGCUUGAAUAUCUUGAAAAGGGGUCCGUCAAGCCGAUUCCAAUCGCCAAAGAGUUCGACGCAUCUUCCAUUCCCAACGCCUUUGAGCACCUGCUCCCUGGCCACCACAUCGGUCGGGUUGGCAUUCGAAUUUGCGAUGUCAAUGGUCGAUUGACUAUGAAGACUGAGGCCUGCCGCAGCUCUGCCUGGAACCUUGAGCUCAACUCUUCAGGAUCGUACCUUUUGGUUGGUGGCCUAGGGGGUCUAGGCCGCGCCAUAUCUAUCUGGAUGGUGGAACACGGCGCUCGCAAUCUAACAUUCUUUGGUCGUAGUGCUGGGAAGGGCGAGGACGAUGAAGCCUUUAUCAAGGAGCUCGAAAGUAUGGGCGUUACUGUCAGUACCGUCCGCGGCAGCGUCACUAAGCUCGAAGACGUUGCUAGAGCUUUUGCUACCGCGCAGCCUCCACUCAAAGGAGUCCUACAACUCAGCACCGCCCAAGCGGACGACAACUUCUAUGCAAUCACAAAGGAGCAGUGGGACUAUAGCGUGGGUCCGAAAGUUACUGGGACGUGGAACCUGCACCACGCCACUGCAAACCUCUCUCUCGACUUCUUUGUCCUUGCCAGCUCUCUAUCUGCGGCCGUUGGGAUGCCGGGUCAAGCCAACUAUGCUUCUGGAAACAGCUUUCUCGAUGCUUUCGUCCAGUAUCGCAAUAACCUCGGCCUACCCUGCUCUGCCAUCAACAUUGGCGCGGUUGCCGGUAUUGUUCUCCUGGCCGACAAGGCUGCGCUUCAGCGCAGCGCAGUGCUGGUCGGUAACAAGACUGUGGAUGAGAAAGAGCUGUUGGACGCUAUGGCGCUGGCAAUGACGGCUUCCAUACCCCGAAAGCCACCAAGUGGCAGCUCGGAUGGGCAAUGCUCGUUCACAGAUCCUAAUGUAUUUGUCCUAGGCAUGGCAUCCAGAGAGCCCCUAGAGAGUCCCUCCAAUCGUACUGUUUGGAAGAAGGACUGUCGUAUGGCAAUCUACCACAAUGGAGACUCAAACUCUGAACAAGCCACGUCUUCCACAGACCCGCUCAAAGUUUACCUAGCACAAGCACAAGCAGACCCAUCGAUCCUCCGCACGCCAGAAGCAGGGACUUUCUUCGCACGAGAAAUUGGUAGUCGACUUUUCGAUCUGCUCAUUAAAGAUGGCAGCGAGUUGGACAUCCGCGUUCCGCUCGAGGACCUUGGGCUGGAUUCUUUGGUCGCCAUUGAGUUGCGUGCUUGGUGUCGGCAGGCGUUUGCUGUGGAUGUCUCCGUGUUGGAAAUGCUGGGCGUGGAGAACCUGGAAAUGCUCGGGGUGUUGGUGGCGAAGAAGCUGGUACAGGCGACUGCCAGUAGGGGUGAGAAGGAGUGA